CAUGCGUGCGGGCCGAGCGCGGCCCCUCCGAGCCGGCGCCAUGAAGAAAGACGUGCGGAUCCUGCUGGUGGGAGAACCUAGAGUUGGGAAGACGUCACUGAUUAUGUCUCUGGUCAGUGAAGAAUUCCCAGAAGAGGUUCCUCCCCGGGCAGAAGAAAUCACCAUUCCAGCUGAUGUGACCCCUGAGAGAGUUCCAACACACAUCGUAGAUUACUCUGAAGCAGAACAAAGUGAUGAACAACUACAUCAAGAAAUAUCACAGGCUAAUGUCAUCUGCAUAGUUUAUGCUGUUAAUAACAAACAUUCUAUUGAUAAGGUAACAAGUCGAUGGAUACCUCUCAUAAAUGAAAGGACAGACAAAGACAGCAGGUUGCCUUUGAUACUGGUUGGGAACAAAUCUGAUCUGGUGGAAUAUAGCAGUAUGGAGACCAUCCUUCCUAUUAUGAACCAGUACACAGAGAUAGAAACCUGUGUGGAGUGCUCAGCAAAAAACCUGAAGAACAUAUCUGAGCUAUUUUAUUAUGCACAGAAAGCAGUUCUUCAUCCUACAGGGCCCUUGUACUGCCCGGAGGAGAAAGAGAUGAAGUCAGCCUGUAUAAAAGCCCUUACUCGAAUAUUUAAAAUAUCUGAUCAGGAUAACGAUGGUACUCUCAAUGAUGCUGAACUCAACUUUUUUCAGAGAAUUUGUUUCAACACUCCAUUAGCUCCUCAAGCUCUGGAAGAUGUCAAGAAUGUAGUGAGAAAACAUAUAAGUGAUGGCGUGGCAGACAGUGGAUUGACGCUGAAAGGUUUUCUUUUUUUACAUACACUUUUUAUCCAGAGAGGGAGACAUGAAACCACUUGGACUGUGCUUCGAAGAUUUGGUUAUGAUGAUGAUCUGGAACUGACACCUGAAUAUUUAUUUCCCUUAUUAAAAAUACCUCCUGAUUGCACUACUGAAUUAAAUCAUCAUGCAUAUCUGUUUCUCCAGAGUACCUUUGACAAGCAUGAUUUGGAUAGAGACUGUGCUCUGUCGCCUGAUGAGCUUAAAGAUUUGUUUAAAGUUUUCCCUUAUAUACCUUGGGGACCAGAUGUCAAUAAUACAGUUUGCACAAAUGAAAGAGGAUGGAUAACGUACCAGGGAUUUCUUUCCCAAUGGACGCUCACCACCUAUUUAGACGUGCAACGAUGUCUGGAGUAUUUGGGCUAUCUAGGCUAUUCGAUUCUGACUGAGCAAGAAUCUCAAGCUUCAGCCAUUACAGUAACAAGAGAUAAAAAGUUAGACCUUCAGAAAAAACAAACCCAAAGAAAUGUGUUCAGAUGUAAUGUAAUUGGGAUGAAGAACUGUGGGAAAAGUGGUGUUCUUCAGGCUCUCCUUGGAAGAAACUUAAUGAGACAGAAGAAAAUUCGUGAAGAUCAUAAAUCCUACUAUGCGAUCAACACUGUUUAUGUGUAUGGACAAGAGAAAUAUUUAUUGUUGCAUGAUAUCUCGGAAUCGGAAUUUCUUACUGAGGCUGAGAUCAUUUGUGAUGUUGUGUGCCUGGUGUAUGAUGUCAGUAACCCCAAAUCCUUCGAAUACUGUGCCAGGAUUUUUAAGCAACACUUUAUGGACAGCAGAAUACCUUGCUUAAUCGUAGCUGCAAAGUCAGACCUGCAUGAAGUUAAACAAGAAUACAGUAUUUCACCUACUGAUUUCUGCAGAAAACACAAAAUGCCUCCACCACAAGCCUUCACUUGCAAUACUGCUGAUGCACCCAGUAAAGAUAUCUUUGUUAAAUUGACAACCAUGGCCAUGUACCCCCAUGCCCGGUUACGCUGUAUGUGCGCCUGCAACAGGUGUACAUUUUGCAUCUGUCAGAACUUCCUCAACUCAGACUUGCUGCAAUCUGUAAAGAACAAAAUCUUCACUGCAGUUCUUAACAGGCACGUGACACAAGCUGACCUCAAGAGCUCCACGUUUUGGCUUCGAGCAAGUUUCGGUGCUACUGUGUUUGCGGUUUUGGGCUUUGCUAUGUACAAAGCAUUAUUGAAACAACGAUGAUUAAAAAAAUACUGGCCCUACCAAAAAAAAUUAAUUUUGUGUACAUUCUGAAUGCUUUAAAUUCCGCUAGAAAUAUUGAGAUAUUUAUACAUGCAGAGUUACUUUAUUAAUAUUUGUAAUUCAUGCAUAAGAGUAUUUUAAUGAUAGUUAUAACUUCAGUAUUGGCUAACAUACAGAAAGAAAACAGCUUCACAGCCAAACUAAAAUGGCUAAAUUUCAGAGGCCAAAAGGGACUAUUUUGUAAAUAAUGUACAUAUUCAGGCAAGAUAUGGUCUCCCAAACUGAGUUCUAGAAAGUAUGUUUCUAGACAUUUCAUGGUAUUUAGUGCGCAGUUGGCUCAUGCCUAGGUUUAAGUCAGCUCGGAGAUUACAUUUACUCAUGGAUCACUUAUUUAUUUCACAUUUACUCCAAAUGAUCCUUCGGGUUCUUUAGGCACAACUUGCCGUUUUUCUCUCCAUUUUUAAAAAUAAACGAAUCAGUGUCUGCUUACCAGCGCAGUUUUCUGUUAGUCACGUAACGGUAGGCCAGCCAUGAAGCCAUCGUACCUGGGACCAGUGCAGCCUGCGGGGCUCUCCCAUCCAGCAGGAGUAAGCCCCAGGCCAUUAGCAGAGGUGUCACCUAUGAGAUUAUGUUGCUUCCUUUGUCAGUAUGUUGAAUUUUAUAGCCCUUUCAAUCAGAUGAGGAAAACAAUUUGUAUAUUAUCAAUGUUUUUAGUUUAAAUAAACAGUCAUCAUUACUAUUAAAUUUCUUCCCAAAGUGUAAAUCCUUCUAUAAUGGCUGUGUCUAUUAUAGUAUGUCACAGUAAUUGCAUGUGUAAUAAAGUGUUCUAUAUCUGGCUAGGAUAACCUAGAAGCAGCACUUUUUUAAUGGUAAAAUAAAUCUAAUGAAUAUAAACUCAUGAUAAACCUAUUUUUUCCAUCAUUGACCUUUUCAAGUAUUUAAAUAAAUAAUUGCUGUGUACUGUGA